AUGUCUCAUUCAGAUAACAAGAUAGCUACAGAUAAUUAUCAAUUUAUAAAUCUAUCAUUUCUAUUAUUAAAUAAAAUAAUAAACAAUCUAGAUCAAAUCUUAGAUAUAAUCAGUUUCAGUUUAGUUUGUAAAAGAUGGUUUGAUAAUAGAGAUAAAUAUCUUUGUUUCAACAAUGAAACAUUAAUGAAUUCAAGAGAUAUAAAAGUUGACAAACACUUUACAUUGAAUUCAUACAAAGAGUUAUUUCAGCGAUCAUUUGAUCAAAAUAUAAAUAGGAAACAUCUUUUAGUACUUAUUACACCGGAUGAUGAAAUACUAGAUUACAUUCGUUUUCUUAAGCAGAGUAAACCAUAUACAGUUGAGAUUGUUCAAACUAAUGAGCUCAAUGAUGAGAUUAUUCAAAGGAAAUGUUAUGCCAAUGUAAAUAAUCUGUCUUUGGCAAACUUUAGUAGAUUUAGAAACAACAUUAAACUUCCAUCGAAUAUCAAAGAAAUCAUCUCCAUUUUCGAGUUUAACGAAUCGUUCUUGCCAUUGGAAUUGGAGUCUUUACAGUGUAGCAUCAAUAAUACAAUCAACAUAUCAUUAUUACCACGAACACUAAAAGUACUGAAGAUAUCUGGAUAUGGAACAAGAGGAAUUGAUGUCAGAUCACUUCCACCCAACCUUGAAGAGUUUGAAUCUUGCGUAGUUGGACUCUUUGAUAAGACAAUUACCGGAAACGAUACACAUCAGAUGCCAUCAACUCUAAAGAGAGUUUCAUUAUUAUCCGACGAUUUACCAAGUAUAAAACGUCUGACAUCGAUACACACACUUCUAAUUAAUGUCUCUAUUACCGGAUUUAUUAGAAUCGGUGAUAUUCCAGAGAGUGUCACUGAUUUAUCAUUGACCAAUUAUAGUAUGCCAUUAAACAUCUGCAGAGAAAUGUUACCUUCCAACAUCAAACAUAUCAGUAUCAUUGGUAAAUUCUCAUUUAGAGCUCAGAUAUCAUCAGAUUAUAGAUAUACAUUCUCAACACUUCAACAUUUAGAAACAUUGGAUCUAUCUAGGGUUUCAUUGAGCAAUAAUGAUAAAAUUGGACCACUUCCAACAAGUUUAAUCAAUAUCUCACUUCCUUCAACUCCCAAUUUCAAAUACGAUGAACUCAUAAGCAGUUGUAAUCAAUUACCAAAUUUAAAGUUUGUCGAUUAUGGUUCGUUCAAUAAUGAUAAUGACCAACGAUUAAACAACACAUCGAUCAAAUCAAUCAAAUUGAAUCGAUCAACGAAAUUAACAGAUCAGUCAAUACCUACAUCAGUGGAAAUCAUAGAUUUCAAUGAUUAUCGAUUAAAAGUAGAACAAAAUAUUUGGCCACCUUCAAUAUCAUCGAUAUCAAUCGACACUGCAUUCAUAGAUGCCAAUGAUAACCUGAUGAACAUUCCAUCAAGCAUUAAAAACAUUACAAUCACCAAUGAACAAUUUACAUUUAACAUCAGAAGAUUAGAUCAACAAUUCAUAUUAUUAUUUGGAAAUAAUUUAUUGAAUAUCAACUCUGCAAUUCUGAAUAUUAAUUGUUUAACAAAUUAUUUAAAAAAAUACAAUAAAUAA